AUGAUUCGCAUUGUAGCUGGAACGUACGAAGGCUUGUUGUAUGGAUGGGAGUGCCCGAUAGUGACCGCAGGUGAAAGUACUAAGAUGAGACUUACAUUUGGUUAUGCGGCACACUCGGAAUGCAUCAAGAGCGUAGCAUUGAUGGGUGCCAAGCAAAGUAAAACGCUUCUUUCUGGUAGCAGCGAUGAGAUGAUUAAGAUCUACAAUGUGGAAAAGCGCGUGGAGGUUGGUAGUUUAAUAGAGCAGCACGGGGCUAUCACGAGCCUCGAGAUUUUUGGUCAGAGUCAUGUCCUCAGUGGCAGCGCCGACAAUUCUAUAUGUAUCUGGCGUACAUCGGACUGGAACUGCUUACACAUUCUUGGUGGUCACAAGGGUGAAAUUAACGCGAUUGCAGUGCACCCGAGCGGAAAAAUGUGCUUUUCAGUGGCACGCGAUUGUACGCUGCGUAUGUGGAACCUUGUUAAGGGCCGUAUAUCUUUUAUUCGGCGAUUAGAAAAAGAGGCAGAGCUUGUCAUGAUCUCGCAAAAAGGUACACACUAUGCGCUAGGAUUCGGCAAGGAUUUGUCGAUAUUUAAUAUGAACGCAGAGCUGGUUGGCACGCUGGAGCACACGAAAAAAAUUCAUUGUGCCGUUUUUGUUACGGAUGAAUACGUCGUCUGUGGUGGUGAUGAUAAGCAUAUUCAUAUUUGGAAGACUAAUGGAACACUUGUCGGAAAAGUGACUCACAAGGAUAUCGGUGCCCGCAUUAGGUGCCUUCAGAUUGUUUACCCGCAUGGUGAAAAAAAAUUGCCGUGGAUCGUGCUAGCUACGUCGGACGGCACGUUUCAGAUUUGGGAUUUUGCCUCGUUUGCGCUGGAUGAUUUGUCACCCGAGAAAUUAAGCAAGUCGUUGGAGCCGUUAGCCUCGACUGUGCUUCUCACGAAGCCUCGUGUCACGUGCCUCUCCGUGGUUGUUGCACGUGAAAAAGAUGAUUUUAUAAAUUGCAACAGCGAGGUAACUAUUCAAAAGGCAAAAACGAAAAAGAAAGCCGUGAAGGAGAUGGAUAAAAUAUCUUUAGCUCUUGCUGCAGGAGUACCUCACGUUGUUGUUGAGACUGGAGAUGAGAACAAGUUUAUGAGUGAAGAUGAUUUACUCGAAAAGCGCAAAUUGUCUCAUGGUAAGCAGCAGAAAAGCAAGAAAACGCAUAAGAAGUUGCGGAGGUAG